GUGUGUUACCUGUUGCUGAUGUUGCUGUAGAGUUGUCAGUCUUCUCUGUCUGACUGACUGACCCCAAACAGACACACAGACAGGCAGAUAUGGAGAGUGGAGUUCUGGGAAUGGACACCAGCACUGCUCCAGAUCCCAGAGGGCAGUCAGACUGCAACAUAGCCUGUCUGCGGCGUCGGGCCUGGGCCCAGAGCAGAGACUCCAUCUGGCAAGAAUCAGCACCAGAGCACUGUGGCCCCCAGGAGCCCCAACAGAACCAGAGGGAUGGGGAAGCACAGAGACCCUCAGAAGAACCAGGGCAAGUUCCUAACAAGAUAACCAGCUGGCUGAUUGAAUGCAGGACUCCCCUCGGAGCCUCUCUAGAUGAUCAGAGUGCUUCUCCCAGCAGAGGAGUGUUGAGGAACGGCUGCAGCUUUGAAGAUGACCUUUCACUGGGAGCUGAAGCCAACCAUCUUCAGUCCAGUAACAAUAAAACUGAAUCCUGUUUUGGUCUGGUGGCGGAUCAGAAGAGGAGUCGGUAUAAAGAGAGAGGAAGAAGUAUGAACUCCACAGGAUCAGGGAAGAGCAGCACCGUGUCCAGUGUUUCAGAGGUGUUGGAGCAGUCAGAGGAGCACCCAGAAGAGAUCCUCCUUACCCUGCGUGUGUCAGAGCUGCUGGACCUGUACGAGGAGGACCCUGAGGAAAUCCUCCUAAAUCUUGGUUUUGGGCGAGAAGAACCCGACCUAGCCUCGAAGGUUCCCUCCAGGUUCAUCAACAGCACUUCCUCAGCCCGAGGCAUCGACAUCAAGGUCUACCUGGGAGCUCAGCUACAGCGCAUGGAACUGGAGAACCCCAACUACGCUCUGACUAGUCGUUUCCGUCAGAUUGAGGUCCUGACUACAGUAGCUAACGAAUUCUUCCAGCUCUACAGUCAGGUCUCUGGUCAGCCUGUCCAACGCAUCAGCCCUAGGGACCAAGGAGGAGAAGGAGGAGAAGGAGGAGAAGGAGGGGGAGAAGAGUCUCCUCAUCCUCCUCCAAAGAGGACCAACUCAGCUCUGAAUGUUGCCAAACUCCUCAAGAAAACCCUCUCCAAACACAACCUGCAUGCGGCCGCCACUGAGUCAACUGAGGCACACACACCUAACCAGCAUGCACAGUUGAACGGACAUGCCCCCUCUGAUCACACAAACACCAACGGUCACGCACACACCGGUCCAGUACAAGACGGCUGCAGUACUGACCCCGAACACCAGGCAGAUACAGUCAACCAGAAACACAACCGCAAGAAAGACAGCUGUUCCCUGGCAACGGUUACAGAGGAAACCAACGGGGAUGGAGAGACAGAUGACAGUCCUGAACAGAGCGGUGCCAGACCAGCAACCAAUGGUGAGAAUCAACCCGAGUCAGCCAAUCAGAGAACAGAGGAGGGAACCCUGACGGUCAAAGAGAAGGAGGAGAAGCACCUGACCUCAACCCCAGAGAAAGCUCCUCCCACCCUGGCCCCCCUCCAGCUUGCCCAGCUUCGCACAGAAAACACAGACUCUUUCGACAUGGAGGAGAUUCAGAGUAACGAUGAUGAGGCUCUGCCGCACAGAACUUCCAGAACCACCGACCUGUUGAGGACUGUCAGUCAGCAGUCAGACAGCAGUGGCUUUGCUGAGGAGCCCUCUGCCGACUCCAACAGCUACCUGAAGGUGCAGGACAGUAGUGACAGCUGUGACAGCGAGACCACUGUGACAUCACACCCUUCACAAGAUGUGGCCACACCCCUCGCGCUGGACCAACCAGCGUUUGAUCUGCCAGAUGGCACACAGGAAGAGGCGAGGCCGGGAGGUGCUGCUGAGGCUGAUGGGAGGAGUAAUUCCAGGGAAGAAGACGAUCAUAAUGAGAGCUCAGAGCAGGUUCCCCAGUACACAGCCCAUCAACUCCCCUUGAACAGACCAAUGGGAACAGAGCAGGAUGAGAUCCAGGAUGAAGAGCGAGUUGAGAGUGGGGAACGGACUGAUCCUGAACCAGACCCGGGGAGUACGCAGAGUAUGUCUGCUGCAGAACAAGAUCCACCACACACUCAGAACCAGACUGAGACCACUGCAGAGACAGAACAACCAACAGAGGGAGUGGGUCCUGAGGCCCAGGAAGAGCACGCCAUGGAGGAUUCUGGUUCACUUUGUCCUCCUGCUCCACCCUCUCCAGUUCUCAGCGCUCUGAACCGAGCCAAACAGAACCAGCUGAGCCGGACAGGGCAGCGGGUAGACCACCAGUCCAACGAUACACCUCAAAUACUAGGGAGAGGACGAGGACGAGGACGAGGACGAGGACGAGGACGAGGCGGUAUCCCCCUGCAGAGGUCCUCCUCCCUGCCCUCCUCGCUCCUCUCACCCUCUAGGAUCGUGUCCUCUGUCAGAAUCCAGUUUGGCCGAGGACAGUCGUCCUGCACCCAGCCAAGGUACUCUUUCAAAUACACCCAGGAGGCCGAAGAGGACAAGGAAGAGGAAGAGGUGGAGAAGGAAGAGGUGGAGGAGGUGGAGGAGGAGGAGGAGGAGGAAGAGGAGGAAGGGCAAAUCAACUGUUUGUCUACGUUGAUAAUAAACCCUUCCUCCUCGUCUGACUGUAAAAACAAACCACUAAGGCUUCCUACAGAAGCUCCCAUCACAGCUAAACCCAUCCCACGCUACCUGAUGAGGUCAUCCUAUUCCUUGCAGAGCUCUAGCCCUCCUCCUGAUUGGCCAGCAGGCCCUGCCCACUCCUGGAGCACUCAGAGCGUUCCUGAUCUCUUCUCAAAUCAGCAGCAGCCGAGCCAGUUCCAAAUGAACAUGAACGCCAACCAAAACCAGCAAAGUUGGAAUCCAGGGCCAUCCAUGUUCCCUUAUCCUAACCCUAAUCCUAACCCUGCAGCUCAAUACGCAAACCCAAGCCCCAAUCCUAGUCCCAGCUUUAACCCCACCCCAUACCCUUUCACUCUGAACCCUCAUCCGCAGUACCCCUCCCCUCUCCAGCCAUACGCCAGUCUUCCUAACCUGUUUCACCACCACAACCCCUCCUUGAUGCACCAUGCUAGCCUAACCAGCCUCCACCAACCGACAACUCCCACAAUUCCCCAGCAAGGCAGCCUCUCCAACUUGCAUCAUCCCCCAACUUCCACUGCUCCUCACCGCGCCAGUCUGGGCAACCUGCAUCCGGGAACUCCAGUAAUGCACCACCAGGGCUACAAUCAUCCAUACACUCAUCAGUCACCUUACCAUGCCACUCCUCACACUUCGCAGUUUGCCUCACCCUACCUUGGUUACCCUGGGUACAGCAUGAAUCCACCCUCGGCUUUCCCCCACCUGGUCCCCCAUUGUCCGCCGCUGCCCCCAGAACACAGCCUGCACCCGGGGGUCGCUCCUCCUGCUCCGUCCAGCACUGAGAUGCAGCUGAGGAAGGUUCUGCAUGAGAUCAGAGGAACGGUUCAGAGUCUUAGCCAGAACCGAGCCGACACACCGGACACGUUCAGUGAGCACAGAGCAGCUCUGCCCAGCCACCAGUCUUUGGCAGAGUUUCAGCAGAAGAGGCGAAGUCUGAACUUGUUCCGCAGUCAGAUGAUGGACCUGGAGCUGUCAAUCAUCCGACAGCAGGCUCUGGUCUACAAACACCUGAGUCCUGCUGACAGGAUGGAGGUGGAGCAGCUUCAGUCUCUAAGAUCGGCAGUCAGAGAGGAGCUGCAGGAGCUGGAACAACAGCUGGAAGACAGACUGAUGGAGCUGACACAUCACACACAAUACAGGGGUCUCCAUAGAGACAGCAGUGUCGACACUUUGUCCACCGCCUCUGCACUGAGAGCAAUGGAGCCGGUGUCAGACCUCCUCAGAGAGCAGCUCUUCCUCCAAUCAGAGAUCAGCUAUGAUGGUCACACCCCCUCAACCAACCCCUCCUCUCGAUCCUCUAGUCCAGUCCGAGGAGGAGGAGAAGAACGGGAGCAGAGAGGGGGCGUGUACCGGGCAUCAAUCAACAUAACACCCGUUCCCCCGCCUCGACCCAACACACACACUGAGGAAGAAGAAGAGGAGGAGGAGAAGAAGGGAGAGAGGGACAGGGGGGUAGGAGGAGUAGGAGGAGGAGGAGAAGGAGGAGGAGGAAGAAGAGGAAACAUACCAGAUGUGGAGGGAGCAGCAGGAGGAGUCAGGGUGGAUAACCUACAGCAGCUCAUCAGAGAGAUUCGAGAGAGCGUGGCGCAGGAGGUGCGACGGGAGAUCUACAGCGAGCUGCUGGCUACUGUGUCGCCACGGCGAUCGCCAGUGCCUGCAAGGCAACACCCCCUGUUUCCAGAUAUGCAAUCCAUUAUUGAAGACAGAAAAACUCUGGGAGUAGCUGAGGAAGUUUUCCGCCAGAAGAACGACACUGAUUUAACGGAGGGGCGAAAAGUCGGAAACCCUGACGGUAUGGACUCUCCAGGCAGAAGUCGAAGUCCCAGUCCUGCAAAGAGAGAAAACAGUGGACCUUCAGAAGACGAGUCUAGUCCAACAGCAGAGAGGCCUCAAAAAGCCGACUCCGUUGAAGGAAGCCCCAAAGAGAAGCCGUCCCCUCGGGCCAGUCCUGCAGGCAGUGCCGCCUCCAGGAGCCCUGCCUCCAGCAGCUCAGACAGCAGCAGCAGCAGUGAUGAUGAGGAUGAACAUCAUGGGGCCCUGAGGAAGAUUAGGAGCAGUGUGGCUCAGAUCAAAAGAUCAAGAUCCAAGUCCAGGUCCAGGGAGCAAGAUAGAUCUGUAUCCAGAGAGCGAAACAGAUCCAGGUCCAGAGAGCGAGACCGGUCUGGGUCAAGAGGACGAGACAGGUCCGGGUCAAGAGGACGAGACAGGUCCAGGUCAAGAGGACGAGACAGGUCCAGGUCAAGAGGACGAGACAGGUCCGGAUCAAGAGGACGAGACAGGUCGAGGUCAAGAGGACGAGACAGGUCCGGGUCAAGAGGACGAGACAGAUCCAGGUCCAGAGAGAGAGACUGGGAUCGCUACAACAGAGGACGCUAUACUCGGGAUCGCUAUGACGAUCGCCGUGACGACAGGGGCGGUCGUUUUGACCGGCGGACCAACCGGGAUGUGGAGUCAGAACACAGGAGGCGAGGUCGCUCGGCUUCCCCUCCGCCGGAAAGGGAGCCAGUGGCAGCCGAAGAGCCCCCAGUCAAGAAGAAGAAGGAGGAGCUGGACCCGAUCCUGACAAGGACCGGUGGCGCUUACAUCCCCCCAGCAAAGCUACGCAUGAUGCAGCAGCAAAUUACUGACAAGAGCAGCCUGGCCUAUCAGAGAAUGAGCUGGGAGGCUCUGAAGAAGUCCAUCAAUGGUCUGAUCAACAAAGUCAACGUGUCGAACAUUGUCCACAUCAUCCAGGAGCUGCUGCAGGAGAACAUCAUCAGGGGAAGGGGUCUGCUGUCUCGCUCGGUGCUGCAGGCCCAGGCAGCGUCUCCAAUCUUUACUCAUGUUUACGCCGCCGUCGUCGCCAUCAUCAACUCCAAGUUCCCUCAGAUCGGAGAGCUGAUCCUGAAACGCCUAAUCCUGACCUUCAGGAAGAGCUACCGCCGCAACCUCAAGCAACAGUGCCUGACAGCCUCAAAGUUUGUGGCGCAUCUCAUCAACCAGAAUGUGGCCCACGAGGUUUUGUGUCUGGAGAUGCUCACUCUGCUGCUGGAGCGUCCCACUGACGACAGCGUGGAGGUCGCCAUCGCCUUCCUGAAGGAGUGUGGACUCAAACUGACCGAGGUGUCCCCGCGAGGAAUCAAUGCCAUAUUUGAGCGCCUCAGAAACGUCCUCCAUGAGUCGGCUAUUGAUAAGAGGGUCCAGUACAUGAUCGAGGUGAUGUUUGCCAUCAGGAAGGACGGUUUCAAAGAUCAUCCAGUGAUCCCAGAGGGCCUGGACCUGGUAGAUGAGGAAGACCAGUUCACCCACAUGCUGCCACUGGAAGACGAAUACAACACAGAGGACAUCCUAAAUGUGUUUAAGAUGGACCCAGACUUCUUGGAGAACGAGGAGAAAUACAAAACCAUUAAAAAAGAUAUCCUGGACGAGGGCAGCAGCGAUUCAGGGGAGGAGGGAGACGGAGACGACGAUGAUGAAGAUGACGAAGACGAGAAAGAGGAGGAAGGAGAAGAUGAAAAGGUCACCAUCUUUGAUCAGACAGAAGUCAACCUGGUUGCUUUUAGAAGAACCAUCUAUCUCGCUAUACAGUCCAGUUUGGACUUUGAGGAGUGCGCUCACAAACUGAUCAAGAUGGACUUUCCUGACAGCCAGACGAAAGAGCUGUGUAACAUGAUACUGGACUGCUGCGCUCAACAGAGGACCUACGAGAAGUUCUUUGGUCUGCUGGCUGGGAGGUUCUGUCUGCUGAAGAAGGAGUACAUGGAAAGUUUUGAGGGGAUAUUUUCAGAGCAGUACGACACGAUUCACCGACUGGAGACCAACAAACUGAGGAACGUGGCUCGGCUGUUUGCUCACCUACUCUACACAGACUCUGUCCCCUGGAGUGUGUUGGAGUCCAUCAGGAUGAGUGAGGAGACCACAACGUCGUCCAGCAGGAUCUUUGUGAAGAUCCUUUUUCAGGAGCUCUGUGCCUACAUGGGUCUCCCCAGACUCAACCAGAGGCUCAAAGACCCGACUCUGCAGCCGUUCUUUGAAGGUCUUUUUCCUCGUGAUAACCCCAGAAACACUCGCUUCGCCAUCAACUUUUUCACCUCUAUUGGACUGGGAGGACUGACGGACGAGUUGAGAGAACAUUUGAAGAACGCUCCCAAGAUGAUCAUGACUCAGAACCAGGAAGUGGAAUCCUCUGACUCGUCCUCGUCCUCCUCUUCCUCCUCUUCUUCAUCUGAAUCCUCCUCCUCAGACUCAUCCAGCGAAUCAGAUUCAGACUCCUCAGACUCGGACUCCUCCUCCAGCAGCAGCAGCUCAGAUUCGGACACCAAACACAGGAAAAAGAAGAAGAGAAAAGAACAAAGUGAGGAGAAGAAGAAGAAGAAAGAGAAGGUCAAGAAGAAGAAGAAGGACAAACCCUCUGACAAGAAGCGAGCCGGACGCAAGAACGACAGCGAGGAUGACAGCGACAACGAGAAGCAGGCAAGGAAGGACAGGAAAGGCCGUGUACGUGAGGUGGAGGAGCGUGCGCGUGAGAUGGAGGAUCGAGAGCGUGCACGUGAGGGAGCCCGCCGUAGCAGACGGGACGAUAGAUCACAAGAAAAGGAGCCGGAGGAGGAGAGGAGACAAAAGAUGGACGUUCAAGCCAGACAAAGAGACGGAGAGAGGGACAGAGACCGAGACCGGGACAGAGGGAGGGAGAGAGAGCGAGGAAGAGAAAGGGAGACUGAGGAGAAGAGAGAGAGAGAGAGGGAGAGAGAGCAAGAGAAGCCGAGGGAUAGAGAGCAAGAGAAGCCGAGGGAUAGAGAGCAAGAGAAGCCGAGGGAUAGAGAGAGGAAUAAAGAGAACAGAGACAGGAACAGAGAAAGAGAAGAGAGGAGGAGGAGAUAAAACUCUUCAUGCCUCCGUCCUGAUGAUAAUCUGAUGACAAGUGAAGUCUCCAUCUUUUCCUUUGGUCAUCCCCCUCUUCUUUACCUCAUCCUGUCUCUCUGGUGUUUUGGAUUUGGGACCCAUCUCUCUCUCUCCAUCUGUCUAUCUGUAUUUUCUAUUAUUGAUUUUUGUUGUUGAUGAAAUGUGAAAAGAAAAAAAAAAUUAAAACUUUCAGAUGUUUUUUAA